AUAUCUAUACUCGGUGUUAUACGGUUUAAAAUAUAGUAGGGAAAUUUGACGGCUCUGUAUAACGUGACGUUUGUGUAUUCUCACUCACAUAGAAAAAUUUUCCUUAUGUAGGUAUCUACGUCAGAGGCUAUUGUGUCGUGAAUCUAUAAACAGAGGUUGGGUUCUUGACGGAUUUCCCACUAACUUAGGACAAUGUUCAUAUCGUAAGUGUGUAAUGUCAUCAUUAGUAAACCAUUAUAAAAGAACAGAUACGCUUACUAGCACGUUAAGUUACUGUUUAUCUUUACUUGAAUUUAACACUAAAAACUUUGCAAGUAGAGUUCAAAACGUAAUCCAAAAAUAUACAUACGUGUAAUAUAAAAUUAAAAAGAACGGUGAUGGUUGAUGUUUUCUUCUUGUAAAAACUUGAAAAGUUGGCAGUAUUAUAUGAACUAAAUUGGAAGACAUUAAUUUUCUUUUCUUUUUCGCUAUUACCAAAGAAAAUAUGCUAUUAUGUAUGAAUCUGUUUUAUAAUAAUCUAAUUUGCUUCUAUGUUUUAUUUAUAUUGGUUCUUGUCAGUUUUUGAGAAAGGCGAGGAGCAAGACUCUGAUGCAGGAGAAGAGAAUGAAAAUGAUCAGUUUGAUGAGGACCUAGAUUUGUAUAGUAAUGUUUUAAAAAAAAUAUUGCCAGACAUAGUUGUGUCACUGGAGGCGACCGAUGAUUUCAUCUGUGAAAAGGCCAUGCACCAGCCUGAAGGUGAUUCACGUCUUGACGAGGAAACUAUUUUGAGGCGUUUAAGUGAAUUCAGAACGGGCGAUGCUCGUGACAUUACGCCCCUGAAUUUUUUCGACGAGUUGGAUAUACACCCUCUGGUGGUGCCAGUGAAGGAGCAUACCGAUUACGGAAUGAAAGGACCGUACGCUGCGGUCACUCUUCGAAUGGGUCGGCCAUGCCGCUACCGAAAACUUUUAGCUCUCAUUGAAGCUGCGGAAAAGAGAGAAAAAGAAGAAUUAGAAACUUUGCGCGCUAAAGAAGCUAAAGCCAUGAAAGAUUUAGAAAAGAAGUUAAAAGAAGAGCGCGAAGAAAGAAUGGAAUACUGGUCUGAGCUGUACGCUAUAAUGCGAGAAGAAGAAGAGGCUGCGCUUGCGGCAGCGGGCGAGCCGAUGCGUAACUAUUUAGUGCAUAACAUCUUCCCCACGCUCACGCCCGCAUUGCUAGAAGUGGCUAAAUUGCGUCCUGAAGAUCCUGUGGAUUUCUUGGCUGAAUACCUGUUUAAAAUGAAUCCUAGCGGCAAAAUGCUAGAGCCAGGAUACAAUCUUCAAGCGGAAAAAAUACUAGGCAAGAUCAAAAUACUAGACGACGCUUUAAAAGAUUUAGAUAUCAAGAUCGAUCCUCUUCUGCCCCCAGAAGCUGAAUUCGAGGACCCAACUUCGAAGAAGAAUACGUCUAUGGGUGCAUUUUGAAAUAACCCUCGUUGUCCG